CAGGGUCGCCAUGUCAAAACAGGCCAGCUUGCUGCAAUCAAGGUCAUGGACGUCACAGGAGAUGAGGAGGAGGAGAUUAAAGCCGAGAUCAACAUGUUAAAGAAGUACAGCCACCACAGGAACAUCGCCACCUACUAUGGAGCCUUCGUCAAGAAAAACCCUCCUGGGAUGGACGACCAGCUUUGGCUGGUGAUGGAGUUCUGCGGAGCCGGCUCGAUUACAGAUCUGAUCAAAAACACCAAAGGGAACUCUCUGAAGGAGGAGUGGAUCGCAUACGUCUGCAGAGAGAUCCUACGGGGUCUGACCCACCUCCACCAGCACAAGGUCAUCCACCGAGAUAUCAAGGGCCAGAAUGUGUUGCUGACGGAGAACGCAGAGGUUAAACUAGUGGACUUUGGUGUGAGCGCUCAGUUGGACCGUACGGUGGGACGGAGGAACACGUUUAUCGGGACGCCGUACUGGAUGGCCCCGGAGGUCAUCGCCUGCGACGAGAACCCCGACGCCACAUAUGACUUCAAGAGUGAUCUGUGGUCGCUCGGUAUCACAGCUAUAGAGAUGGCGGAGGGAGCGCCACCUCUGUGCGACAUGCAUCCAAUGAGAGCGCUCUUCCUCAUCCCCAGAAAUCCUGCCCCCAGACUCAAGUCUAAGAAGUGGUCAAAGAAGUUCCAGUCCUUCAUAGACGGCUGCCUGGUGAAGAGCCACAGUCAGAGGCCGAGCACGGAGCAGCUCCUCAAACACCCGUUCAUCAGAGACCUCCCCAACGAGCGGCAGGUCCGCAUCCAGCUGAAGGAUCACAUCGACCGCACCAAGAAGAGGAGGGGGGAGAGGGAUGAGACAGAAUACGAGUACAGUGGGAGUGAAGAGGAGGAUGAAGAGAGGGAAACUGGAGAGCCCAGCUCCAUCAUCAACAUCCCCGGUGAGUCCACGCUGCGGCGGGACUUCCUGCGCCUGCAGCUGGCCAACAAGGAGCGCUCGGAGCUGAUCCGGCGGCAGCAGCUGGAGCAGCAGCAGAACGAGGAACACAAACGCCAGCUACUGGCUGAGAGACAGAAACGCAUCGAGGAGCAGAAAGAGCAGAGGAGACGGCUGGAGGAGCAACAGCGUCGGGAGCGAGAGAUGAGGAAGCAGCAGGAGCGAGAACAGAGGAGGAGGUACGAAGAGAUGGAGCAGCUCCGCCGAGAGGAGGAGAGGAGGCACGCAGAGAGAGAGCAGGAGUAUAUUCGUAGGCAGCUGGAGGAGGAACAGAGACAGCUGGAGAUCCUGCAGCAGCAGCUCCUGCAGGAGCAGGCCUUACUGCUGGAGUACAAGAGGAAGCAGAUCGAGGAGCAGCGGCAGGCCGAGCGUCUGCAGAGGCAGCUGCAGCAGGAGCGAGCGUACCUGGUGUCGUUGCAGCAGCAGCAGCAGGAGCCCACGCGGCCGCCGCAGGACAAGAAGCAGCUGUACCACUACAAAGACCAGGCGCCCGGCACCAACGACAAGCCGGCCUGGGCCAAAGAGGUGAUGCGUCGAGCGCAGAGCAACUCGCCUCGCAUCCCUCCCAAGAAAUACCACUCCUUCAGGGAGCAGCGAGGCGUCGACAUCAACGACCUCCUCCUUCUCCCCGGUUACAAACCUCGCCGCCGCCGCCGCCCCCCUUCCUACCCCGCCCAUAACAGUCCUUCUAGGAGUCACCUGCACGUGCCUCAGAUCCGAGUCACCUGCAUUCCCGAGUCCUCCAAGCCGGGGAUGCGCUGGCAGAGCCCCGACAGGAGCCCCGACUCCCGGGGCCGGAGUCCCGCACGCCGGCACAAGGUCGCCAACCGGAUCUCGGACCCAUCGCUGCCGCCCCGCUCCGAGUCCUUCAGCAGCGGAGGCAUCCAGCAGGCCCGCACCCCGCCGAUGCACCGCUCCGUCGAACCACAGAUGGCCCACCUGGUGCAGGUGAAGAGUCACGGUCUGUCAGGCUCCCAGUCUCUGUACGACCCACACGGAGUGUCCUCCUCCUCGGCGUCGCCCUCCCCCUCCCGGCCUCCCAUGCCCCGGCAGAACUCCGACCCCACCUCCGACACCCCUCCUCCCCUGCCCCUCUCCGCCUGGCGCCCCCCCCUCGACAAGUUGGACCGCAGCUCCUGGCUGCGGCAGGACGACGACAUGCCCCCAAAGGUUCCUCAGAGGACGACCUCCAUCUCUCCUGCUUUGGUCAGGAAGCACUCUCCUGGAAACGGACCUGGCCUGGGACCCCGGGCUGGAGCUCACCUCAUACGGGCCAGCAACCCCGACCUGCGGAGGACCGACGUUUCCAUGGAUACACCCAUGAAGAGGACGAGCAGCGGCAGCUCCUCGAGCUCCAGCACCCCCAGCUCCCAGGGAGGCUCCAACGAACGAGGUAACUCAGCCGCUAAGACUGAAGGCUCGACACUUUCUUCCCACGAGACCAAAGAUGACGGCAGAGAAGUGACGAGACCAAGCAGGCCUGCAGUGAGUACACACACACACACACACACACACACACACACACACACACACACAGAAGGGAUCAUAAGGGACAAACAACAGCCAACGGGGCCUCAGACACAUGAACCUGUGUGAAUGUGUGAUUAAAUAUAUAUUAGAGGAUGUUGGACAACAUGUACACACACACACACACACACAGACUCUCACACACACACAAACACACACACACUCUGACUCUUCUCUCUGAACUAACCACGUUGCUGUUCAUGUUCAUCCUUUCCUCCAUUCUUUCAUGCUCCUUCAGAGCUAUAAGAGAGCUGUAGACGAGGUUAGUGACAUUUCUCCUCCUUCACCCCUCUCUCUGUCUC